AUGGACGCGGGAGUGAAGCUCGUGAGCCCCACGCGGCCGCUCCGGCGCGUCGCCGGCCCCCUGAACGUGCCCGUGCCCAUGGUGACCAUCGAGAAAGGGGCGCCGUGCCGGCGGCCCCGGUUUAUCUCCUUCGACGAGACCGCGUUUGACGCCCCCGGCCCCGGCCCGUCCCGCAAGCGCGGGGCGGCGGGCCUCGACGGCUUCGAGUCGGCCGGGAGCGCCUCGUCCUGCGGCUCCGAGGCCUGCACGCCCCUGCGCCUCGACUUCGACGCGUGGGACUCGGACGGCGACGAUUCCGCGGCUUCCGCGGGCUUCCGGAGCCCGUCCCCGACGAAGCGCCGCCGCCCGGCGCCCCCGACCGUGCGGCGGAAGUCGUGUCUCGCGCGGCCCGGCGACUCGCCCUACACGCCCGAGGUGGACCGGCUCGCGGCGCUGAGCCCCGGCCGGCUCGAGGAGCUCAAGCGGUUGACGUUGCGGAAUUUGGAGUGCUUCGCGGGCGACGGGCUCGCCGUGCGCGUCCAGCUCGACGAGCUCCGCGAGCGCCUCGUCGAGGCCGCGUCCGGCGGCUCCGGCGACGACGCGUCGGACCCGCACGAGCGCGAGACGGUCCG